AUGGAGAAUGUUUGCAUGAAUGAUAUGAGUGAACCUGAGUUUGGGAUGUUAUUCAACUCAGAACAGGAUGCAUACGAUUAUUACAAUAGUUAUGGACGGGCAAUGGGGUUUAGUAUUAGGAGACACUUUGUGAAUAAAAGCAAGAAAGACAACACGACUAUAACAUCUAGGGGAUUUGUCUGUUCAAAAGCUAGUUGUCGGUUAAGUGACAAGCGAGACAUCAAUAUUGUUAACCCUCGAGCUGAGACAAGAACAAAUUGCGAGGCACGAAUGAACAUAUAUUUGGUUGAUGAGGGAAAAUACAAGUGUCGUGACUUUGUGAGAGAACAUAAUCAGGAGCUUCAUACUACAUCAACAGUUCAUAUGAUGCGUUCACAAAGGAAUAUGUUAGACAUACAUAGGUAUGAAAUUGAUUUGGCAGAUGACUCGGGAAUCAGGCCUAGAUCCACAGUUGAGUUGAUGGGUAGGCAUGCUGGUGGGAUUGAAAACCUAAGCUAUAUGACUCAAGAUGUUAGGAAUUAUCUUCGCACUAAAAGACAGCGUGCCUUAACAUAUGGUGAAGCAGGUAGUUUGAUGAAGUACUUUGUUAUCCAAACUAGGAACAACCCAUCUUUCACAUACUCAUUUCAGCUGGAUAGUGAAGAACAAAUAAUUAACAUAUUUUGGGCUGAUCCAAAGAUGAUCAUUGACUACACACAAUUUGGAGAUGUAGUCAACUUUGACACUACAUUUCGCACCAACAAAGAGUGUAGGCCGUUUGGGUUGUUUGCUGGAUUCAAUCAUCAUAGAGGGUGCACCGUAUUCGGGGCUGCACUUUUAUAUGAUGAGACAGUGGAAUCUUUCAAAUGGUUGUUUGAGAAUGGCAUUACGCAUUUGGGUCAUAUGAUGAAGGAUGGCUCUCAUUUUCUUACAAAUUUAAAGAAAUGCAUAUACGAAUACGAUGUGGAAGAUGAAUUCGAGAUAGCAUGGUAUAAUUUGUUGGACGAGUAUGAUGUUAAGAAUAAUGAAUGGUUCCAGCGCAUAUAUGGGCCUAAAAGUCAAUGGGCGAAGUGCUAUAUGAAAAACACAUUCACAAUAGGCAUUCGAAGUACACAGCUCAGUGAGAGUCUCAACAGUGACUUGAAGGACUAUUUGAAGUCAACUUUGGAUGUUGUCUUGGUUUGUUCUGUCUCUGUUACUACUCAUUCUUUGAGUCCUAGCUAUAUGGACAUGGAAACUUUGCAUAGGCAUCCGCAUGAAAAUCAGUCGAAUGCACUUGAAGCUCCUUCACAUGGAUCUGAUGUGGAGGAAGCAAUCCAAGAAACGGAACAGAUAGAGUCAUCAAGUUCUGAUGUGAGUCUUUGA